CCUCCUCCCUUGGAUGGCCUUGGAUCAUGUCCACCUCUUGGGUCUGAACCGCCCUCCUUGCGCAUGCUCACCUUCCCUUUUCCCUUAUGAUGUGCGGCCUCUCCCGCAUUCUCCGCUGUGCUCGCGACCUCGCGACACUCUGACCUCCACUCUUGUGCCCGAGGCGAACACCGGCUGUUGAAGUCUGAAGAACCCCAGGGUCCUGCAAUCCGACCGCGUCCGUCGACUGAUACAUACCUCCACCACCACCUCCUCCCCCCCCUCUUCCUCCCCCCGGUAGUGCCCGCCGUAGACCGAUCGGGGCCUCCACCGACCAUGAACGGCGAGACCAGCGGAGACCAGCAAGGCCUGGUCGAGUCUGCCUUGGAACAGUCGCUCGUCCCGGCCCAGCACCCUCUGUCGACCUUUGAGCUCGUUGUCACCACGCAUGCGCCCAUCCUCGAAUCCCUCCUCUUGCAGACCCCCACCGACGCCAUCCUCAAGCUCUACCACACCUCCCGCUACCUCCGUUCGUUCCUCCGCUCAUACCCCACAGCAUGGAAGUACUUAUCGUUCCGCUUGAUGUACCCAUCGGGUACGCCACCGCCCCUCCGAGUCGUCUUCACCGGGUCCAACGAGGCCGUCGUCCCGCGCCAGUCGCGACCGUACGCCCUCGAUCAGCUGUUGAUGAACGUCGUGAUUCCGUUUAGCCCAUGUCUGCGGAGUCUGGAGUUGGACAACACGGCGGUGUCGGGGCAGAUCCUUAUCUCCACGGUGUUACACUCCCGACGCGACAGUCUGGAACAUCUCUCGGUUCGGGGCUGCAAGAAUGUAUCGCUGAAGUAUCACAUCAUCCCGUACUUGACGAUGUUUGGCCUGCAAUACGACGUGAAUAUGGAACAGAAUAUCGGGAGCUCGCCCGCCACGAAACAUCUAGCGCUGAAGAGCCUGUACACGUAUCGAUGCCGACACCACCGACGGCGACCGUAUCUUACCUCCUCCCUGUCACGAAAGGACUCCGACUCGGAACCGACGCACGAACUGGUGAAUCUCUGUCACAAACUGGGCAUCUGGACGGAUACGGCGUGGUGCUCUACCCCCGCGGGAAGAUGCUACCGUAGGAGGGGUUAUGUAUCCAUGCGGGUUCCCCAGGGGUCGGCAGAGGUAUGGGUUGUCUUUGACCGGCUGUGGCGAUCUAAAAACUGGAUCGGCCCGGUAGAGCAGACGGCUCGUUUGGGGCACCGGGAUGGCAAGCUGUGGGAACACAGCGAGACCGGUUCCUAUGGCGAGGCUCUGGGUACUGGGGAAAGCGGAGACCACGGCGAAGGAAAGAUGAUGCCUGCACAUCUGCGUCGGAGCCAUACACAUUUUGUUGACAACAUCCGCUGCGACAACUGCGACGAGCUGAUCCCGGAACGGUGCGAGCAAUGCAGUAUCUUAAUGCACUGUGUCGGAUGUCGAAAGACUCUGUGUGCUAGCUGCGCUUACGAACGGCCCUACCUUCACUGUCAGCCGAAGUCGAACCCCACCCCGGACCCCAGUGCUUUUUGGUGGGCUCCUACUGCCACUGUAUCGCCGUGUUCGAUGCAAGACCCUGUUGAGCAUGCCACUACUACCAACCCGAACAACACGUCUCCUCCCUCCUAUCCCACUCUCACCUUCCACUGGUGCUGCACGGAGCCGAUUUUCUCCGGUGGCGGUGGGAUCAGCAUUGGCACUCCGAACCGCGAUGUGGACCAAGUACGAGCGGUGCCUCUGCCCCGUGGACAGGGCUGGGAGGACCUGGAGUACUCGGCCCAGGAAUGGAGCAAGACCUUCCCGAGAGAUGCCUACGGUGACCCGCGCAGGCCCGACUACACGCUGGAAACGGGACACAUUGCGAUGAUGAAGUGGCUGCUUGGACCGCCUGACCGGCAGCCGGCGGCCUGUCCGCGCAAUCUGUGCCAGGACUGCUACGACACCCCGCAGUGGAAGGUACACUGCAAGAGCUGCUCUAAACCGCUGUGCAUCGAGCACGAUCUACGGGGGCUCAGGCUGAGAAUAUGCGGGUAUCGGGAUCUGACCUUGGAGAAGAUCGCGAUCCAGAACCACGCGGAGUCAAGCUCUCGAUCUUACGCACCAUCACGGGUGCCAUCUGUGCCGGAGUUUGAGCUGCCGAUUCGGACGCAGCGGAUCCUUGAUUCGACGACGAGCAGUUUCACCGACGACCACCACGACGGAUUUGGAGAGGCGAGUAGCAGCACAUUGCAUGACGCGAGGCCCACUCCAUUACUGCACCGCCGCUCGCGAAGUCUUUCAAUAUCAAACUCGAACCGCUCGCGCUCCUCGUCCCAUUCGUCAGUCUACAUCGACUCGCCGUCCGAGCAAUCGAAGUGGCAGGGGUGCCAGUCCUUCUUCUGUCCGCAGUACCGGGCGGUGGGCGACCAGCGCCAGCGCUGCGCGAGCGUCCUCCGCGAGUGCACCAGCUGCUCGGUGUACGUGUGCGAGGACUGCACGUCCGCCCACCCACCGUGCAACUGCACAUACUGCGAAGUGAACUACCUCUGCCCGAACUGCCUGAAGGUACGCGAGCGAGACGGAACCUGCCGCCGGUCGGCAGAAGAACACGCUCGCCGGGAACGGAAGCGGAAGGAAGACAUGCGCCUGCUGGAGGGAAUCCUCGAGAACAAGCUGGCAAACGAGAUGGCCGACUACGCCCGGCAAUUCUUCGACGCUGUGGAACACGGCGACGACGUCGACGUCGAGCACAUCGAAGACGCCCCGUCGACCUACCCUCUCGAGGAUCAUGAUGCGAACCUUUUCGGAGAGGGAGCAUUGACGGACAGCACUGAAUGACGGCGUGUGGGAUCUUAGUUCUACUUACUACAAGGCGUCGAGAGGAACGGGCUGGGUUUCGGAGUUCUUUACUGUAUCUAGGGGUCACUUGCCGCAAUCACCAGGGUGGUUGGUUGUCUACGACUGCGUUUGCAUGGUAUGGUUGUCGCGGUUGCCCAGCAGGCCGGGGCCCGGGGCUGCGAGUCUGUCUGCCGGAUGGACGGACGAGCCGUGCGUGCGUGCGUGCGAUAUUUGUCAUUUGACGGCUAAUUGCUCAUAAUUAAAAAAUAAUGACCUACGAC